AAAAUGAAUCAAGAAAAGCUCCACAUCUAUCAGAUCCAUAUGCCUGAUCUCUGUGUCUAUGUAGAGAUGGAUUGACUACAACUGUACCAAAGUACGGUAGAUGGACAUACCACAAAGAAAGGUUUUUAGUAACGGUAGGACCAGGCGCGAUCUCCAUUUACAUGUAUGAUCUCUCUAGGCGGAAUACAUGCAUUCCUUGUUUUUGUGUUACAUGGCAGCAACGAGAGACACACAAACCUUUACUUUCCAAUUGCAUAUAAAACAUUUAAAGAUUUAUUUACUAUCAAAAGUUGACUAUUGCCCAAAUGUUUUUCAUUAUGAGAUGGGAUCUGAGAGGCAUUCUUCAGGGACUCUUAGUUAAAUACACUCACAUCCAUAACAACAUGUAAAAUAGACUUAUUGUUACUCCGUCAACUUUAAAAUAUUUCUAUGAGUUAUGAACUUCUGUGGUGUAAAAACAUCAGAGCAUAUCCUGGACAAAUGACAAACGAAGCUGUACACAAAAAAAAGCUACUGACCUAUUGCUUUUUAACCAAGUUGCAAAUUCAAGAACAUCUCCACCAAUGUUACAGAGUACAACUUGAAAUACAUAAAAGAAAAGGCUUUUGACAACAGAUGGGCAUUCAAAAUGUGAAAAAAUCACUUUUUAUUAUUUCAUGUUUGAGUAGUUUGUGCAAAUGCAGAUCAUAAUAACUAAAUAACAGAAUUAACUUAUAGCAAUGUAUAUUGUAUUGACAUUGUGUCAGUGAUGAUAAAUGUUAAUAAUGGAGUAAAGUCAAAGCAUAUUUCAGUCUUUUUAUGCAACUCAUUGAAAAUAAAGCAGGGUUUUAGUUUUAGUCAUUAAGCAUCAUAUUCCAUUGAAUUCACGGUCAAGUCCUGCCACAUUUGUGUGUACCAGAUUGUAACAGUUCAACUCUCUAUCAACAUCUCAAAAGGAUGCCUGGAUAAAGGUCAUUGCAAGUCACACCCUUCCCGUUGGCGCCAGAAACUGGUUACAUCACCUUGGCAGUCUUGCAUGAAUUGCCCCGAAACUGUUCUGUGGAUCUGAAUGUAAAAUUGACUUAGUACUUGUAUUAUAAAACACGAUGACCUAAAAAAACCUUGAAAUAGUCUCUCCUGCGAGACCUAAAGCAGCCAGACUAAAAACAAGUGAAGGAGAGACAGUUAUUGAAUCAGAUAAAGAAAUGCACAAUGGCGACAUAAAAAUACCUAUAGAGGCGCUCAGAACAAUAACGAGCUGUUAAAACUACGUAUCAAUCUCAGGGAAUAAGUCACAAAUAGCGGUGGUUACGCUCAAAUCGGAUGGGAGCAGUGGCAAAUGUCCCCUAACAGCUGUGGCAACUGACAGCUGCCUCAAAUCGCUGCAACUGCCUUUAAAAAUCUACGAGCUGCCGCUGCCACGAUUGGAGCUUCCUGUCUCUCCAGGAAUGUGGAGUAGCAACAGUGGACUUUAUCAAACAAAACUUUAUUAACCAAUGAUGCAGGAAAGGUCACAUAAACGGCUACCAGAACCAGCCAGGAACUCGGCUACUUAUGUUUAUUUUAAUUCAAUAUAAUGUAAACAUUGUUAUAAUAUAAAAUAUAAAAUUCCUCCUUUAAGGUAAGGGUCCUAUACAAGUCCCCCUACUUCUCUAUCUUAGGGCUUUUACUUAUAAUAGAAUAUGACUUGACUGUCUCUGUACUUAUACCUCAGUGAAUGAUCCGAAUUCUUCUUCCACCACUGGUCAAGUUUAUUUUGUAAUUUAUACUUUAGUUGUUGUUUAAAGAGUACUUGUAGCAGAGUAUUUCAACUGUGCAGUAACAGUACGUUCGUUUCCUCUUCGUCCUGCAGUCCAACAGGGAUCGCUGCUGACUCGGAGCUCGGAGUCUCUGUCUUCCUCCCGCUGGCUCUUUGUUCGCUCCGAGACACAAAGUGCUCAUAAAGGAGGAACAUGUACGCCGUGCAGCUGCUGCGGGUGUCGGUACAUGAGCGGAUCAGCGCUGCAGCUGAAGACUUUCUGCUGCAGGUGGAGAAAGGAGGAGGAAAGAAUCAAGUCCCAGCGCUGAGAGGGAUGCUAACCGAGCGGCUAAUGGCGGCAGCUGAGGAGAUCCUCGCGGUGCUUGAGGAAACCGUGGCCGAGUACGAAGACAGAGUGGAGCAGUCCGAGCGGUCCGAGGUGGAUAUCCGCCGCCAGAGGAGGCUGCUCGAUGCCGCGAUGAAGCCCGUAGUCCGGCUGCACAGAGCAGACUUCCUGCAACUGGUGGUGAGGAAAGAAGAGGUUCCCCCUGAGCAGCAGCAGUGGGGCCCCCUGGGUGACCAGGAGGACCCAGAACCCAACCACAAUAAAAAGGAAGAACCGUGGACUAAUCAGGAUGGACAGCAGCCUCAAGGACUGGAAGAGGCUGAUAGCAAGUUCACAUUGACUCCUGUCGCUGUAAAGAGAGAAGAAGAUGAAGAGAAACAUAAAUUGUCAAAGCUUCAUCUGAGUGAGACCAAGAAGAACAGAGCGGACUGUGAAGGACCAGAACCAGCCUGGAACUCAGGUCCUGAUGGACGUUUACAACCAGGUCCUGAGGACAAGACUGAAGACUCUUCUGAGACUGAAGUCAGUGAGGAUGAUUGGAUGGAGACCACGGAACCUCAGUCUGGUUUAAAUACAAGAAAAAACAAACAGCCUCUUAUUGAUAUGGGAUGUAAGACAGAAAAGAAACCCUUUAGUUGCUCUGAGUGUGGUAUAACAUUUAGUCGAAAUGACGAACUGAAAUUCCAUAUGAGCAUUCAUACCGGAGAGAAUCUAGUGAGUUGCUCUGUGUGUGGUAAAAGAUGUAGCAGAAAGUUUGAUUUAACAAUACAUAUGAGGAGUCAUACGGGAGAGAAACCGUUUAGUUGCUCUGAGUGUGGUAAAAGAUUCACAGUAAGUGGCAGUCUAAAAAAACAUAUGAGGAGUCAUACGGGAGAGAAGCCGUUUAGUUGCUCUGAGUGUGGUAUAACAUUUAGUCGAAAUGAAGAACUGAAAUUCCAUAUGAGCAUUCAUACCGGAGAGAAUCUAGUGAGUUGCUCUGUGUGUGGUAGAAGAUGUAGAAAAAUGUCUGAUUUAACAAGACAUAUGAGGAGUCAUACGGGAGAGAAACCAUUUAGUUGUUCUGAGUGUGGUAAAAGAUUCACUGUAAAUGGCAAUCUAAAAAAACAUAUGAGGAGUCAUACGGGAGAGAAGCCGUUUAGUUGCUCUGAGUGUGGUAAAAGAUUCACUGUAAAUGACAGUCUAAAAAUACAUAUGAGGAGUCAUACGGGAGAGAAACGCUUUAGUUGCUCCGAGUGUGGUAAAAGAUUUACCCAAAGGGGCCACUUAACUAUACAUAUAAGGAGUCAUACGGGAGAGAAGCCAUUUAGUUGCGCUGAGUGUGGUAAAAGAUUCACUGUAAAUGACAGCCUAAAACAUCAUAUGAGGAGUCAUACGGGAGAGAAUGAAUUAAGUUGCUCUGUGUGUGGUGAUAGAUUUACCAGAAAGUGUAUUCUAAAUAUACAUAUGAGGAGUCAUAGGGGAGAGAAACGCUUUAGUUGCUCUGAGUGUGAUAAAAGAUUUACCAAAAAGAGCAUUCUAAAUCUACAUAUGAGGAGUCAUACGGGAGAGAAACCAUUUAGUUGCUCUGAGUGUGGUAAAACAUAUCGUAGAAAUGCCAAUCUGAAAUUUCAUAUGAGCAUUCAUACCGGAGAGUAUCUAGUUAGUUGCUCUGAGUGUGGUAAGCGAUUCAGCAGACAGUCAGAUUUAACGAGACAUAUGAGGGGUCACAGAGCUUACACAGUCACAGAGUAUGUUUGUUUAGGUUAGGCUACAUCGCGGAAAUGAUACGGGUACUGAGCAACGACAUGGUGCAAGCAUUCGAUUUAGACAGCGUCUCUCCUCAGUAGAAGGAAAACGUUCUGUUCAGCUAGACCUCAGAUAAUAUGAACGUGUUCACCGUUCAAAUUAAUUAUUUCCUAAAAAUUUGCUUUCAGUUUAUCGUUCUCAUAAAAAUGAAUGUGUUCAAUGAACGCGUUCUUUUGAACGUUUUCAUGCACAACACUGGUUACAAGUUCAUAAAGGAAUACACACUGUCAUUGAAUCUCGCCUACCAAGAAACCAUUGUUUUAAAACAAACAUAUUUAAUCAUAUGAACUGGUUAAGAACACAUACAUACAUUUGGGUGCAUUAAAUUGCAAUGCAAAAAAUGUAAUCUCAACAUAUCAAACCGUCUGGGGUUACAUUUUUUUUCAAACACAAACAAAAAAGACUUCCAAAGUUUUGGGAAAAUUCAUUGAGAUUUAGAAGUGGAACACAAAAUGUGAUAAAUAUGAAAAUGGGCUGUUUUGGGUGUUCUCCUAGCAAAGUGUAAUCAACAAAAUAAACUUAACCAGUGGUGGAAUUAGAAUUCAGAUCAUUCACUGAAGUAAAAGUACAGAGUCAGUAAUGUCAUAUUCCAUUAAAAGUAGAAGUACGAAGACAGUGAAGAAGAAAUACCCAAUAAUAAAUUCAUAGUUAACUGUUUCAAAUCGAGAAUCAAGAAUCCCUCCUUUGUCUUUUUUUAAUCAUUUUUAACAUUUUCAUGUCCCUAAAAAAUAUAAAUCAUUUAAUAACACAAAAGAAUUGUGUUGAUAUUUCUUGUUUCAACUGAUUUGAUUUAUACCUCUAUAUACUUUUCAUAAUGUUGUUCAUGUCUUUUUAUGUUUGAAAUGUUUUCGCUGCACAGUAUGUAUAUGUAUGUUCUUGACUAGUUCAUAUGAUUAAAUAUGUUUGUUUUGAAUCACUG